CGCCCGCCCCGCGCACCCCGCCGCCCUGGGCACGGUUCCUAUUCGCCCGGGUCGCGGGUGGGAGGCGAAGAACGCCGGGAUUCACGAGCCUGGCUCCCCGCCAGGGCUGUGGCCUUCGGCCCCGAGGCCACCGCGCGGCCGCGCCUGGGAGGCGGGCGGGAAGGACGCCGGUCCCGCCGCAGCUCGGCCAUGGGCUCCCGCAGCUCCCACGCCGCCAGGAUCCCCGACGUGGACAGCAUCCGGCGGGAGACCGGCUUCUCGCAGGCCAGUCUGCUCCGCCUCUACCACCGGUUUCAGGCGCUGGACAGGAACGAGAAAGGCUACCUGAGCCGCAUGGAUCUGCAACAGAUUGGGGCGCUGGCCGUGAACCCCCUGGGAGACCGCAUCAUAGAAAGCUUCUUCCCAGAUGGGAGUAUGCGAGUAGACUUCCCAGGCUUUGUCAGAGUCCUGGCUCAUUUUCGACCCGUGGAUGAUGAGGACGAGGGAAACCGGGAUCCCAAGGAACCCGAACCCCUCAACAGCAGGAUGAACAAGCUUCGCUUUGCAUUUCAGCUCUACGACCUGGAUCGAGAUGGAAAGAUCUCCAGGCUUGAGAUGCUGCAGGUGCUCCGGUUGAUGGUUGGGGUACAGGUGACAGAAGAGCAGUUGGAGAGCAUCGCUGACCGCACAGUGCAGGAAGCCGAUGAGGAUGGGGAUGGCGCUGUGUCUUUCCUGGAGUUUGCCAAGUCCUUAGAGAAGAUGAACAUUGAGCAGAAAAUGAGCAUCCGCAUCCUAAAGUGACCCGCUUUGUGCUGUUGGGGCCCUCACAUGGACCAGUUAUGCUUGGGAUUCAUCUUCAUGGUGGCAGAGCCCAGAAAAUUGUGUUCUUAGUUUUGCACUAAAUUCUGUGUAGGGCCAAGGUGAGAAAGCUGGAAGAGUGUGUAGCAAUUCGUUUGAUCCCAGAUCUGUGAAUCAGACAGGAACCUUUUGGUUGCAAAUGACUGAACACCCGAAUCAAAGGGCUUUUGGUUUAAAAGGGAUUUGGGGAAGUUCCCUGGUGGCCUAGCAGUUAAGGAUCUGGCACUGUCCAUUGUCACUGCUGUGGCACAUGUUCAGUCUCUGGCCUUGGGUGAGGCAAAAAAAAAAAAAAAAAGGAAGAGUUUAUGGAAAAUGUAAAAGCAAUGAAAAAGUGUGGAAGUGUCUUCAGAAAACUGGGCAUGUCUGGAAGUGUCUCAGGCACAGCUGGAUCCAAAGGCUCAAAUGAUGCUAUCACGACUCAGUUCUCUGUCUCUCAACUCAGCUUUCUUUUAAUUAGUACAUUUUCCUUUUUUAUUUUAAUGGCUACAGCCAUGGCCUAUGGAAGUUCCUGGGCCAAGGAUUGAAUCCAAGCCACAGCUGCAACCUACAUGGCAGCUAUGGCCAUACCGGAUCCUUUCACACACUGCACUGGGCCGGGGAUCAAACCCAUGCCUCUGCAGCAACCCAAGCUGCUGCAGUGGGGUUCUUAACCCACUGUGCCACAGCGGGAACUCCUUGACUCAGCUUUCUUUUGUGUUGAAUUCCUUCUCAGAAGGGCUCUCUCCUGCUGGUGGAGGAUGGCCGCCAGCAGCUCCAGGCUUCCAUCCUACUAGCUUAGGAAUCCAAUGGGAAGAGAAUUUUUUUUUUUUCAGUGAUUCCAAGCAAAGCGUGGCCAUAGCCCAAGUGGAACCUUGUCCCUUUUCUCGGGGAGUAGAGGGCUCUAUUCCACCAGAACUCUGCCAUGUGCUAACUAACUGCUAGAGCCAGGGAAUAAAGUCGGAGGACUCAGGAUGGGUAGGGGAUGGUUGCUUAAAAGAAAAUGAAGGGCCAUUAGAAGGGGGAAUGAUGCUGGUCAGACUGAACAAGAGAUAUUCCUUAUUGUUUAGGCUGACCAAAUGGAGGGAUUCUUGAUGUCUGGUUUCUUUUUCUUUUUUCUUUUUAUAAUGAUUUUUAUUUUUUCCAUUAUAGCUGGUUUACAGUGUCUGGUUUCUUAAAUGGGUUUUCACUGAUCUCGUGGGUGUCUGCCAUUGUGAUGAGGCUGGGUAUCGGGGGAAGGGAUGAUGUAAAAGUAAUAAACAAGGAGUUCCUGCUGUGGCUCAGAGGAUGAAGAAUCCGACUACUGGAGUUCCCACUGUGGCGCAGUGGAAAUAUAUCCAACUAAGAACCAUGAGGUUGGGGGUUCGAGCCCUGGCCUCACUCAGUGGGUUAAGGAUUUGGCAUUGCUGUGGCUGUGGUGUAGGCCUGCAGCUGUAGCUCUGAUUAGAUCCCCUAGCCUGGGAACCUCCCUAUGCUAUGGGUGUGGCCUGAAUAAGUGAAGAAGAAAAAAAAAAAAGAAUCUGACUACUAUCCAUGAGGACUUGGGUUCGAUCCCUGGCCUAGAUCAAUGGGUUAGGGAUCCAGCAUUGCCAUGAGCUGUGGUGAGGGUCACAGACACAGCUUGGAUCCCACAUUGCUGUGGCUGUGGCAUGGGCUAGCAGCCGCAGCUCCGAUUCAACCCCCAGCCCGAAAACUUCCAUAUGCCUUGGGUGGGGUCCUAAAAAAAAGGGAAAAAAAAGGAGUUUUUGUUGCGGCUCACUGGGUUAAGAAUCUGAUUAGUGUCCAUGAGGAUGCAGGUUUGAUCCCUGGCCUUGCUCAUUGGGUUAAAGGAUCCGGUGUUGCCUCAAGCUGUGGUGUUAGGUCGCAGACAUGGCUCAGAUCUGGAGUGGUUAUUGCUGUGGUGUAGGCCAGUAGCUGCAGCUCCAUUUCAACCCCUAGUGCAGAAACUUUCAUAUGCCUCAGGUGCAGCCCUAAAAUGACCAAUAAUAAUAAUAAUAAAAUAAAUAAGACAUACCUUUCCAGAGUAUGAAAUAAUUAAAAGGUUUGGAGCGGAAUUCCAUUUUUUUUCAUGGUAAGAUGUUCAAACAUGGAGAUAUCACAGAAGAGAGAGCAAAAGUCACAUAAAUCAUGGGAUUCUAUGUCUGUAGCAAAACACUCCGGCUGUACUCAUAGAACAUGCUGUCAGCACCCUACCCGUAUCCCUUCCCAGACCUGUGCUGGAAUUGUCUUGUAUCAACACAUGGGAGCCAGUCGUGCAUCUGUCUUCCUAACUCGGCUUUCCGUGAUGGCAGACUUAGUAGCUUGAAAUUGCUGGGGUGGGAAUGUUUACACCACGGACAUGGGCAAAUGCAGCCGUCCAGCGCUGUUCUGCUUGGGAGAGCCUGUUGUUAAAUAUUCAUCAGCUGCUUGGCAUUCACCAUUGCUGUAUAAGCCAAUGAAUUUCCGCCCCCGGCUUUAUUGAGGCAUAAUUGUUAUACACAAAACUGCACAUAAUUAAUGUAUGUAAUUCGAUGACCUUGGACGUAUGUACACCCGUGUAUUGCCAGGACUGUGAUCAAUGUAAUAAACAUAUCCAUCAUUUCCAAAGA